CGCGUGCGGUUGUAUAGACACGGUUGUUGGGUUUCUUUCAUAUACUCUCGGUGUUUUUAUUUGAUUUGUUUUGUUGUUUUAUUUAUAAGAGCCCGGCAUUUUUUCAAUUCUUACGUUUCGUAUUAUUUGGUGCCUUUUGUAUAGAAGAAUUUUGGGUUUUGCUAAUUAAAUUUAAUUAAAAGUUGUUGUUUGUUAUAUUCUCCUCGCGAUUGUUAAAACAAAUAGAAUGUUAAUUUGAGUUGUGUCUGUGUUGUUUGUGUUCGUCGCUCUAAUGGUUAUAAUUUAAGCAAACAAACAACAAUUCAAUUGGAAAAGAAGUUAAACAUCAAAUUAAAUAAAUGCUCCUUAAAAAUAAACAACCGGUUCCUUUAAAAAAGGCUAAGGGAUUCAAGAAAAAAUUGAAAUAUUUGGAGUGCAAACAAAUUUAUUGAAAAAGAAAAAAAUAUAAAAAAUUAUCAGUUGCAAAAGCAGAGCCAAUAAAAUAUAUGUAUAUAUUUGGUUUGUUUUUAUUUUUUUUAUAAAGAAUUAAUAAAAAGUUCUACCGUGUAUUUGGCUUUUGUAGCUGUUGUUGGUGUUUUUUGAUUAAAAACAAAAAAAAAGUGGUGUCGGCAAAUAUGCUGUGAAAAAAGAAUGAAAAUAGUAUAUUGUGCAAAUUAUUAUUAUUGUUGCUAAUUUGCGAUUAUUGUUAUUACCAUGAUAAUGUUUGUGGUUGUAGUUGGCCAUUUAAUUAUGUUUUGAUUGAGCCUACUAAACAGUGAUCAACAUAAUAAAAAAAAACGCAAACAAAAAAGUACUAGUGUCAACUACAAGAAAAAAGAGAAGAAAGAAUUCUUAAGAACAACAAAUAAAUAAAGUGAAAAUAAACAACAACUACAAACAAGUCUUAUUAAUAUAAUAAACAAAGCAACAAAAUUACGCGUAAACUAGUGCCAAGAUCAGUGUCAACAGUCUAUGAAUUGAAGUAAAAAAAAAGUAUCAGCAACAUCAUUGAAACAACGGCAGCAGCAACAAAAAUAACAUCAACAACAAACCAUCACAAAGCAUACAAAAAAAACAUCAACCGACUACUGACCACAUUGCGUGACAGUGAAAUGCAACAGUGGUAGUGUGCGUUUGUUGUCUUUUUUUGCAUUUUUUGUUAUCAAUUACUUCCUCCCCACAUGUUCUUCAAUGCAUUCAUCCUCCUAUUCGUCUGUCAUUACCACUACAAUCACAACAACUACCACCAGUAGCAGCAGCAGCAGCAGAAAAAGCCGCAGCAGUAGCACCAGCAGCAGCUAUACGAUGAAAAUGCGUCGUUCUACUUUGAGUCGUAAUCAUUAUUUUGUUAUUGGCCUGUUUUUGGGUUUGGUCUUGUCAUUUUAUGUUCCACAAGACAUUUGGGAAUUGGUACAGCAAGAAGAAUGUCCGCAACAGGUGGCUGAAAAUAGUCUAAUUGAAAAAUUUGGCCAGGAAUUCGAGCCACAUUUGAACUUGAUUAACAAACCGUUGGCAGCUAAAAAACCGGUGAAAAAUGUUAUUCGGCCGCGCUACUAUUCCUCGGAAUUGGGUAUACGUGAGAAAAUCUUUAUUGGUGUCAUGACAACCCAGGACAACAUCAAUACAUUGGCCACAGCGAUAAAUCGCACAACAGCGCAUCUAGUGAAUAAAAUUAAAUUCUUCAUCAAUGCCGACAAUGUUAAAACCAAUUAUAAAUUAAAGAACAUUGUUGGCUUUACGGACACACGAGAAAAUCUGCGACCAUUCCAUGUCAUCAAAUACAUUGCAGAUAAUUACCUAGACGAUUAUGAUUAUUUUCUAAUCAUACAAGACAACGUGUAUGUGGAUGCACGAAAACUGAAAUCAAUGUUGUACCACAUGAGCAUAACAUUCGAUCUUUAUAUGGGAGCAACUGCUGAGAGCAGUUACAGCAGCUAUGGCGUCAACAACAAUGGUGGCGGCAGGGAAGGUGGUUUGGCGGCCGCUUUGGCUGGCAAUUUAAAUGGUCAUCAUGGUGAUAAUGAUAAUAACGCUGCUGGCGGCGGUGGUGAUGGUGCUGCUAGUAACGAUGAGUUUCGUAUGUUAAGUGAUCGUAAUUAUUGUGAUUUAAAUGCUGGCAUUUUAUUGAGCAGCAGUGUUAUACGCAAAAUGCGCAACAAUCUAGACUGGUGUGUUCGUAAUGGCAUUACAAAUGUUCAUAGCAUUAAUAUUGGUCGCUGUGUAAAAUAUUCGAGUAAUUUACCGGGUUGCCAGGAAAAAUUUCAGGGAAUUCAACAGAAAGCGUUCGCUUUGAAGACAAGUACAAAAUUAUUUAAAGAUUUAAAUUUAUUAGCUAAAGAUGAGGCAUUCCGUAAUGCCACCACAAUAUAUCCGGUCACAACAACUGAUGAUUUUUAUAGACUUCAUGCUUAUUUCUCAAAGUAUCAUUUAGAAAUUGUCCAUCUUAAAAGCGGAGAAUUGGAACAGAAAUCAUAUCGCAUUGCCAAUGGCACCAUAUCGAAUAAUAUAUUGGAAAUAAGAUGGCCGCUGGGUGUACCUUUGGCUAGUGCUCCCGAAACACGACAUGACAUUCUUAUGUGGCAUCUUAUUAAUCGUACUCAUAUAUUUUUACCAAAUGGAGAGAAUAAUAUCGAGACUUUGAGUACAAUUGAAUCGUUGGACUUGGAAAAGGUUCUCGACAUAACAAUACAAUAUGCCAAAACUAAAUUUCCUACAAUGGUUAAUACGGGCAUACACAGUAUCUAUAGAAGGUUUGAUGCUACGCGUGGCAUGGAUUAUCAAAUACACUUAAAUAUGCGUGAUACGGGCAGAAUGUCGGCUCUAACACAAAGAAAUAGCAUCAUAAAGAGUUUUCAAAUUGUAAAACCUUUGGGUCGUGUGGAAGUGGUGCCCUCGCCAUAUGUGACGGAAAGUACACGCAUAGCAAUAUUGGUGCCCACCUUCGAACAUCAGUUGGAUGAUGCUUUGGAUUUCAUUACUCAAUAUGAAAAGAUAUGCAUGCACAAUCAGGAUAAUACAUUCUUAUUAAUGAUUUUUAUGUAUCGUUAUGAUUCCUCCAGCAAAGGAGACACAGAUCCUUUCAAAUCUUUAAAAACUCUUGCCUUAGAUUUAUCUUCGAAAUAUAAAACCGAUGGUAGCCGUAUCGCCUGGGUAUCCAUACGUUUGCCCUCCGUAUUAAGUGAUCCCAUACCAUCGGAAGAUGUUAUGCUCAACUCAUUAUAUGGCCAUAAUGAAAUAUUAAGUGUGGCUGUAGCUGAUCUUGCCCUGCCUAAAAUUGGUUUAGAAAGUCUGGUCUUAAUGGCUUCAAAUGCCAUAACAUUUAAACCAGACUUUCUUAAUCGUGUUCGCAUGAAUACCAUACAAGGUUUCCAAGUGUAUUCUCCUGUUGGUUUUAUGAUGUAUCCUUGUAAAUUGGCUGGAUUUUGCAAAGAAUGUGAGUCAUGUGAUGUUAGUCAAAGUACUGGUUACUUUGAUAAAUGGAAUUAUGAUGUUAUUUCAUUUUACAGUCGAGAUUAUGUACAAGCUCGUAAACUUGUGGAGGCAACGUUGCCGAUUACACGCACCGAUAACGAUAUCGAACAAUUGCUUACACGUGCUGAUAAAACAAUAAACAAUAUUCUGGAUAUGUUUGUGUCAUCACAGCUGCCGGUGCACAUGUUGCGUGGCGUGGAACCAAAUCUACGUUAUGGUACGGCCAUAAAAAAUUUCAUUGAUAAAAAUUAUGAAAACAAUAACAAUGACAACAACCAAAUUAAUAAUAAUAACAUACCAAAGUGUAUGAUGCUAAACGAUGAACAAAAUAAUGAUGCUGAUGAUGGUAUCAACAGAAGAAGGAGUGGUGGCAGUGACAGUAGUCGUCAACAACAACAACAACGACAUAAGUGCAUACAUUUGGCAUCGAGAAAACAAAUUGGAGAUUCCAUAAUACGUUAUGAAGAUAAAAGUAUUAUACAUAAAUGAAAAUUAAACCACUUCAUCCGUCAUCCUAUCCCCCUGCCCCAUAAUUACUUCCUUCCUAUCUAAUUUCUUAAGUACAUACUAUGAUGUAGUAGUUUUAUAAGAGAUUUUUCGGUUUUAAGUUCUUUCAUUUAUCUUUUGCGAGAGUAUUUUUAUUUUUUAAUUGUUAUUAUAGCGUGUAGUUAGGAAAUUUUAAAUAAAAAUUUUUAUUUUCUAUUGUUAUUUAUUAAUUGUUGUAAAUAAUAUUUUAUGUAUGUAUUAAGUGUUAGUUUAUAAGUGUUUAAAAUUAAAAUUUAAAAGGACUCUUGUAUUUUGUUUCGUUUAUAUAUAGACAAAAAUGUGUGUUUAAAGUUGUGUUCCAAAGUAAUCAAAAAAAAAAUAAAGUAAAAGGAAUUUACAGUCACAGAAAAAUACACAUAGAUUGGAAAAUAUCUUGUGAAAACCUAACUCAGUUGUCAAAAACCUAAGUGGUGAGAAUGUUUUAAUAAAAAAACUAUGUGAAAACUAAGCAAAAAUUGUCAUGAAUACGGCCUUUGACAGGAGAGUUUCCAAUCUGU